UCGCAAGAUCGACGUGACCAGACUGGACUUCAAGAUUGACAAGAAGUCAUAACUGGCGUUGUUGAAAAUUUGUUCUUAUCUGUUCUGGAAAGAUGGACUUCUACACGUACCCGUAAAUUAGAAUUUCGUUUCUGGAUGGCUGAAUUAGCGGAGAAGGAUGCGGCCCCUAGCUCGGCGAAAGGAAUUGAGAUAAUGGCGCUGGGGCAACAAGGAUCUUCGUCCAGCGACCCGGAGCGGUCUGCAAUCCUCAGCUCAAACGGCGGACAGGCAGCCACUCUCUACACUGGAGAUGCCCGAGCAGUGGAGGGUGCCGAGCGGCCCAUGGUGCUAGCAUGGAAGAGUAUCAAGCGCAUUGUGGGAUUCCGACAGACACCCGUUGGUCUAGAGGCGGGCAACAAGCGCGCAGUGGCGGCCCUGAUCGUUCUGUUUUUCGUGUCAGUCCUGAAUCAGGCUGAUAGAUGGGUUCUGCCCGUGGUAGCCCCGGUGGGCAUGAGGUGCUACCUGACUGGAGACUCCUGUUCAAAUGCGUCUCGCAGCGAGGCAUCGUGUGGCUGCGUGGACUUCAACACGUAUGACCAGGGCGUACUGACCGGGCCGGCGUUCUGCGCCGUGUACGUCAUCUCGGGUAUUCCACUGUCGUAUGUCGCCGACCGCAUCUCACGUACCUGGGUGCUGGCCGUGGGACUUACCUUCUGGUCCAUUAUGGUGUUUGCUACGGGCUUCGUGAAGACCACGUGGCAGCUGUACUUAACUCGCAUGGGCCUGGGAAUCGGCGAGGCGACUUGCACACCAGUUGCCUUUUCCAUGUUGUCGGACUUCUUUCCACCGCACUUGCGUGCACUGGCACUCUCUUGCUACAUGUCCGGCGUCUACUUUGGUGGAGCUACGGCUUAUGGACUGGGAGCAUUGUCUGAUCAACUUUGCUGGACAUGGCUGUUUAGAAUAUUCGGUAUUGCUGGCUUCAUCAUGCUGCCCGCUAUAUUUAUUGUGCUGAGGGAACCCGAACGUCGCCGAGACGAUAUCGUACCGAAGGAGUCGGCAGCCGACCCUGACGCUAAUUACACAUUGCUGGAAACUGCCAAGACGCUGUUCAAGUGCCCGCCAUUCAUUGCACUGUGUGUCGCAGCAUCCGUACGCAAUCUGGGUGGCUACUCGCUGGGAAGCUGGCUUGCCACCUUCUAUCGUGUUCAUUAUGACCAGAGUGCAGAGCAGUAUGGUGCUACGGUAGCCCUGGUCUCACUCUUCGGUGGCUUACUCGGAUCAAUGGGUGGCGGCUUGUUGGCAGAUAUGCUCUCUGCUAGGGGUGCCCACUGGAAGGCUUACGUCAUAGCUGUCUCUCAGGUUAUUGCGACACCCUGCAUUAUCGGUGUGUUCAUUGCACCAACCGCCACGGCGUCAUACGGCAUUCUCUUCCUGGCCUACCUGACAGCGGAGACGUGGCUGGGGUGCGCUGGAGCAGUGGUGCAGGAUAUAAUGCCACGAGCAGUACGCUGUCAGGCAUCAGCCGUGUACGUGGCUAUUAGCACGCUGAUCGGCUGUCUUGGUCCGCUGGGCAUUUCCGCCAUUCUGGACACGGAUGCUUGCGACCCAGACUACAAGUUCGCUCUGCUGGUCACCGUGCCAUCAUGUUAUAUCGCCUCGUCGCUGCUCUUCGCCGGCACCGGCGUUCUGGUGCAUCGUCGCUUUGCCUCCGCACCGGUCCGCAGUGGUGAUGGUACCGUUGCGCUCACCGAACACGAUGAGCUAGACCAGCAGACCAGAGCCGGGGAGAGAGCUGGCGAGAACGGAGUGCUGCCAACCACCAGCAGUGACAUCUGAGUACAUGUACGGGCGAUGUCGAACCCGCUUGCCAAUGCUAGUGGUGUAGUGUUUGAGCAGCUCCGUGCGUGUCACCGUGUUGAGCAGCUCCGUGCGUGUCACCGUGUUGAGCAGCUCCGUGCGUGUCACCGUGUUGAGCACGACUGUACAUACUGUAUAUAGAGGGUUUCCUUGGCGUCCGUGUGACCUAUCGCCAGUGCUGUCUGAAUGCGGCUGCUGAUCAUAGUACAGUGUAUGAGCUAGCUCUAGAGCAGC